CUCCCUCUAUAUAUUUCAUGCUUGCGCACUAGCGCGCCACAGACAGUCCUGCAGUGUAAUUCAGCGGAAGACUUCAAACUCUAAUCCGUAUAACAAAGACAACCAAUCAUGUCUGACAAACCAAACCUUGAGGAGGUCACCAGCUUUGACAAAAGCAAGCUGAAGAAGACUGAGACUCAGGAGAAAAACCCACUGCCAUCUAAAGAAACCAUUGACCAGGAGAAGCAGGCGGCCUCGUGAAGACACAAGCUGCCAUCAUGCACUGUGCACACUCCCUUCCCUGCAUUGCCUUUUCAUUCACUUUUAGCAGUAUAACUUUGUAACCAAAAUGUCAAAAAAGAAAAUAUGAAACAGAAAAAAAAAAAGAAUCUAAAGCUGCAUCACUGUCAGAUGGGAUGAGCCGACCCCUCUAGCAACACCUAGAUGCAUCCGGACUGCCUCCCUUGUCCAGUCCAGUGAUGAGAAGAACAGAACGCUUCUGUUUCGAGGAGCAUUAGGCAUGGAUUCAUCUGGUGGCCACGGUGGGCUGUUUUGCAUUGGUUUCGACUGUUGCCAUAGGACAAGGGGGUGUGGCCUAGUGGAUAUCCCCAAAUUUGUAUCAUCUGGUUGAGGCGUGGCUUUUUGUUGACAAGUGACACAAAGUUAUGGCAUCAUAUUUUUUUAUUUCAAAUUUUAGAAUAAACUGCACAAUCUUUGGUUUUUAUGUUGGUAAUGAUUAACAACUUCUUGUUAGUGCUGCUUCAGUGAAAUGCAUUUUUUUUUUUUUUUUUUUUUUUCUGUGUAAGAAAGGGG